CCGCCAUAUUGGUGUGUCGGAGAGUGAGUGAAAAUAACAUUUUAUUCCGAAGGGAUGGAAAAUAAUUUCGACAAAUGCCGGAUUAUUUAUUCGACGCGGUGAACGGGCUGAGGUGCGUCUUCGUGCGGGUCGUUUAAGGGUCCGGAUCGUUUCUAGUGGUUAUACGGCGAUAUCGACUCGAUGAUUUACAUCUGGAUCAUUGUCUAGGUUGAGAAGGAAGAUGGAGAGAGGAACGUAAAGCUCGUCGGGUCGGCUUGGGGCUUCGUUAUGCCCGAUGGUGUAUUUUGAUCCGUUGAUAUGUGCCUUUUUAGACGUUUCCCGCAUCGGACACUCGGCACGGAUCAGAUUAAAACGAAUAUUUUCGGAUGGGACAGAUACGAAAACCAUGUGUAGUGGAUUGGAUUUGUUAUAAAUACGGUUCAUCGUAGUGAGUAGGCACGGCUUUUGUAAACAGGGGAGAUAUGGCCGAACAUCUCGUCGACGGUCCGCCAAACAAGCGGCCCAAAUUAACCGAUCAUUUUCAAACGGCCACGGAUUCUUCUGGCGUUAUGGCGCCUGGGACUACGAUGCCGUAUGGGACCUAUGGUGGCAUGCCUGGAGUAUUGUCAGGUCAUCAGCAACAUCAGUGGAACGCACCCAAGAGAACUGACAUUUUCAGUAGCACUGAUAUGUUUGACUUGGAAAAUGAUUUGCCUGAUGAAUUAAAUUCAUGGGGUUCGACAUCAGAUGCACCGCCAAGUAACAAGCCACCAGCAACUGGCCCAGGGCCAGGUUCAAUGCAAAAUGGAGGCAUUGAUCCCAAUGAUCAGACACGAUUGCAACAUCACCUCAUACAGCAGAGGAAUUUUCAGGGGGCAAAAACACAGUUAGUUGGACUCGGCUUGAAAAGUCAAGCUGCCACUCUUCAAUCUCCUCCUAAUGUCUCUGUGAGCAAAACGGUCGAUCCUAUGGUGGUAUCUAUGCAACAUCAGCUGCAACCUGGCCCAAUAAAUAAUGCUGGUAUGAUUAUGACAAGCUCAAAUCCAAUGGGGGCGAGCACUUUAGUAGUAACAAAUAAGCAGCAACCUCUGUCGGCAGCAGUCGCUUCCAUGAUGGCAGGUGCUCCCCCUAAUACAACUGCUCCUCCUCCUCAAGGCAUACUCCAACCAGGAGUUGGUCAAAAUGGUCCUGUAGGGGGGAUGCGAACACUGCCGGGUCAUUUGGUAAAUCGAGUUCAAUCUCCCCUUAACACAAUUCACGUUCAGCAGCCUCGGAUACAGGCUGAGAACAUGUGCAGAUUAGGCGGGACGCAGUAUGGUUAUGGAACUGUUGUCGCACCACAGCAGCGACCAGUGCCUCCAAGUUUAUCAGCGAUUCAGCAAAGGUUCCCCUCUUCGAUCGGUGGUGCAAAUGUAGUUGGCACAGAUGCAGGCUUGGUUACAACUGGGCAGCAGGCUCCAACUGCUCAGCAAGGAACAGUGCCUUCUCCAGCUCAGCCAGUCUCCCAGACUGGAGGGCAACAAGCUGCUGCACCUGGCGGGUCUGCUGCAACAGCUGCACCUACUUCCACAUCAGCAGAUCCAGAGAAACGAAAGCUUAUUCAGCAGCAGUUAGUUUUACUUCUUCAUGCUCAUAAAUGUCAGAGAAGGGAGAGUCAGGCGAACGGAGAAGCUUGGCAGUGUACAUUACCUCACUGCAUGACAAUGAAAAAUGUUCUUAGUCAUAUGACAACUUGUCAAGCAGGGAAAACCUGUUCAGUACCACACUGUUCUUCAUCUAGACAAAUAAUAUCUCAUUGGAAACACUGUACACGCUCAGAUUGCCCAGUCUGUUUACCACUUAAACAAGCAGAUAGACAUCGAAACUCUAAUGCUGCAGCAGCAGUGCAGCCUGUCACAACUGCCCAAACUAACCCGUCAAUGUCAGACAUGAGGAGAGCAUAUGACGCCCUAGGAAUACAAGUCCCUACUACUGGGGGCGGGGGCCAAUUGAUAGGUGCUCCUGGAGCCGGAGGACCCAGGGCUAGGCUUCCCGCCCCAGCAACAAGAGUUCUAACUCCAAGUACACAACCUCCCACUCAAGGUGCAACUGUGGUUGGUCAGACCCCACAAGUAACUCAGCCUUUAGACUCUCAGGCCCAGCAAGGUCCUAGUGCGGCUGCAGCAGCACAAACAGCAGCCAAUAUCCAGCAGGUUGCGAGUAUGCACAAUAACUUAUUUGGACUUGUUUCUAAUGCUGACGUACCUACAAGCAAUCUAGGAAGUACUGAGAGCAGACUAUCAUCUCUUCAACUUCCACCUGGUAUCCAAGUUGGUGUUGGCCAAGUCACUGCAAAUCCUAUUCAAGGAACCAAAGACUGGCAUCACUCGGUAACACCUGAUCUUAGAAAUCAUCUUGUACACAAGCUGGUGCAAGCAAUAUUUCCAACUCCUGAUCCUCAGGCAAUGUUAGAUAAAAGAAUGCAUAACCUGGUUGCUUAUGCGCGUAAAGUUGAAGGAGAUAUGUAUGAGAUGGCAAAUACACGGUCUGAAUACUAUCACCUAUUAGCUGAGAAAAUAUAUAAAAUCCAAAAAGAAUUAGAAGAAAAACGAAUAAAGAGAAAAGAACAGCAACAGCAGUUGCAGCAAGCCCAGCAGCAACAGACGCAACAGCAGAGUCAGCAACCACAACCUCAACCAACCCAACCUCAACAACAGCAGCCACAGGUCAGGCCUUGUGCACCGACAGCUGCAGUACCUUCUAGACCUGUGACUUCCCAGCCUCUCCACACACACUCACCCGGUCUCGGCGGAAUCGGUACUCGAAUGCAAAUGGGUCCUAGUCCGAAUGCCCCUAACUCCCAACAAGCUGGAUUAUCACCGUUUGGCCCUACAGCCGCCAACAAUCCUCCUUCCGUCCCUCCAACCACAACUAGUCAAUUCCAGGCCACUAACCACCAGCAACCAACGAGUGUAGCUGCUCGGCUCAGUGGUCCACAAAUGUCUCCUGCCUUUGGAUUAACAACGUUUCCCUCUCCAAGCCCACAGCAAGGGGUCACAAGUAAUGGCAGUCGGCAUCCUUCACCUCCGAGUUCACCAAUGAUGGCAGCAACAACCUCCCCAGCAGUUGUCAGUUCUUUGACACCUUCACCAAGCUCACAAUUAGGAAAAUUCUCAAAUCACACCCCUGCACCACCACCCCCACGCGCUCCUCUCUCCCAGUCGAAAUCUUAUUCCAGUCAAAUGUCAGCCAUUACUGCUUCUCUUGACAGAGAUGAUGAUUCACCCCCGUCCACAAAUACAUCUAGAGGAAAAGGUGGUGUCAAAUUAGAAGAUGAAGAAAACGAGGAAGAGAAUGAAAGAGCAGGAACUGGAAAGACCAUGCCUGGAAGUGUGAAAAUAAAACAAGAGCCGAUGGACGAUGGAAUUCAAGUGAAAGAAGAAGUAGUGGUCAAAGAAGAAAUACAUUCACCCAAAACAAAUGAAUCAACUGUAGAUCUUAAACAAAUUGUGCCUGAGCCAAUCCAAAAUGCUGUAGGUGUGGACAAGAAGAAGAAAUGUCUUUUUAAACCAGACGAACUGCGACAAGCAUUGAUGCCUACACUAGAGAAACUAUACAGACAAGAUGAAUCACUACCAUUCAGGCAGCCUGUAGACCCAUUAGCUCUUAAUAUACCUGACUAUUUUGAUAUUAUAAAGUCACCGAUGGAUCUUUCAACCGUUAAAAGAAAACUUGACACAGGUCUAUAUUCAGAUCCUUGGGAGUAUGUUAACGAUGUUUGGCUUAUGUUUGAUAAUGCCUGGAUAUACAAUAAGAAAACAUCCAAAGUUUAUAAGCAAUGUACAAAGCUUUCUGAAGUUUUUGAACAGGAGAUAAAGCCAGUGAUGCAAGCAUUAGGAUAUUGUUGCGGUAGAAAAUACACGUUCAACCAUCAAGUCUUAUGCUGUUUAGGAAAACAAUUAUGUACUAUUCCUAGAGAUGCCAAAUAUUACAGUUAUCAAAAUAGAUACUUUUAUUGUCAGAAAUGUUUUAACGAUAUUCCUGGCGAUACUGUAACAUUAGGAGAUGAUUUAACACAGCCUCAAAAUGUUAUGAAUAAAAAUGAAUUUAAAGAAAUGAAGAAUGACCAUUUAGAGCAAGAGCCAUUUGUCGAGUGCAAUGAGUGUGGGAGGAAGUCUCAUCAAAUUUGUGUGCUCUACAUGGAGAACAUUUGGCCCCAAGGUUUCACUUGUGAUCAUUGUCUCAAGAAAAAAUCAAUGAAGAGGAAAGAAAAUAAAUUUAAUGCCAAAAAAUUACCAACGACUAAAUUAGGAGCAUAUAUAGAAGUUAGAGUAAAUAAUUUCCUCAAGAAAAAGGAAGCUGGGGCUGGUGAAGUUGCAAUACGAGUUGUGGCCAGUUCUGAGAAAGUGGUCGAAGUCAAACCUGGGAUGAGGAGCAGGUUUGUCGAAAAAGGUGAAAUGGCCGAUCAAUUCCCUUACCGAGCGAAAGCUAUUUUUGCAUUUGAAGAAAUUGAUGGGACUGAUGUGUGUUUCUUUGGAAUGCAUGUGCAAGAAUAUGGAUCGGAGUGUCCCGCACCAAAUACACGGCGAGUCUAUAUAGCAUACCUCGAUUCUGUCCAUUUCUUUAGGCCGAGACAGUUCAGGACUGCCGUAUACCAUGAAAUUUUAUUAGGUUAUCUCGAAUAUGUUAAACAAUUAGGGUAUACAAUGGCCCAUAUUUGGGCGUGUCCUCCUUCGGAAGGUGACGAUUAUAUCUUCCAUUGCCAUCCUCAAGAACAAAGAAUACCAAAGCCCAAACGCCUUCAAGAAUGGUACAAAAGAAUGUUGGACAAGGGGAUUAGUCAAGCUGUAGUUCUUGAUUAUAAGGAUAUUUUAAAACAAGCGAUGGACGAUAAAUUAAGUUCAGCAGCAGAACUCCCAUACUUUGAAGGAGAUUAUUGGCCCAAUGUUCUUGAGCAGAGUAUUCAGGAGCUAGAUCAAGAAGAAGAAGAGAGGAGGAAACAAGCUGAAGCGGCCGAAGCAGCUGCAAGUGCUAUAUUUUCCCUGGAAGAGGAUAACGAAAUAGGGCCUGAUGGUAAGAAAAAAGGUCAAAAGAAAGCAAAAAAAUCAAACAAAUCUAAAGCAAACCAAAGGAAGUCAAAUAGCAAAAAGUCGAACAUGCCACAAACAGGAAGUGACCUUUCUGCAAAAAUUUUCCUUACAAUGGACAAACAUCGUGAGGUAUUUUUUGUAAUUAAGCUGCAUCCUGCCCAAAGAGUAGCCACUUUAAAGAGCAUUCAAGACCCCGAUCCUUUUAUAAAUUGCGAACUCAUGGAUGGUCGUGAUGCAUUUUUGGCCAUGGCAAAAGAAAGACAUUACGAGUUCUCAUCGUUGCGAAGAGCGAAGUUCUCAACAAUGGCUAUGCUUUAUGAACUUCACAACCAAGGCCAAGAUAAAUUCGUUUACACUUGCAACAACUGUAAAGCUCAUGUUGAAACUCGAUACCAUUGUUCUGUUUGUGAUGAUUUCGAUCUUUGUGUUACGUGCUACGAAAAGGAUGGGCAUCCUCACAAAAUGGAAAAACUUGGACUUGAUAUUGAUGAUGGCUCAUCACCUGCAGAAAACAACAAAGCCAAUCCUCAAGAAGCGAGGAAGCACUCGAUACAAAGGUGUAUACAUUCUCUUGUACAUGCUUGCCAAUGUAGAGAUGCCAACUGCAGGCUACCUAGUUGCCAGAAGAUGAAGAGAGUUGUCCAACACACAAAGAUCUGCAAGAGAAAAGCCAAUGGAAAUUGUCCAAUUUGCAAACAGCUCAUUGCUCUCUGUUGUUAUCAUGCUAAAUACUGUCAGGAAACCAAAUGUCCAGUGCCUUUCUGUUUGAAUAUCAAACACAAAAUGAAACAACAACAGUUGCAGCAGAGGCUUCAACAGGCCCAGCUGCUUAGGAGGAGAAUGGCAGUCAUGAACACAACAAGGACAGCAGCACCGUUGAGUGGAGCCGUUAGCCCAUUAGGCAGUAGUGCCGCAGGCCAACUCAUGCCCCCUCAGGCGCCACACUCCAACCUUGGUCAUAAACCUACCCAGUCUCCAUCUGCCAAUGUCCUACAGGUUGUGAAACAGGUUCAGGAAGAGGCACUCAGACAAUCAUCUACACCGCAAACUGCCCUUUCAUACCCCACAGGAAAAGUGGCACCACCAGCUGUCCAACAAGUUAUGCCUCCUCCACAAAGGACAAUACCGCAAAGUCAAGUGCCUCAGUUAAUAUCUAUGGAGCAGUGGCAACCAAGAUAUCCACCAUUACAAACACCGGUUCAAGGGCAGAUAAGACAAACAGGGCCAAUGUUAGUUAACCAACAGGUGAACCAAACAGUAACACAGCCUACAUCAACGCCUCAGAUAGGACCCCAACCGGUAGUUUCUAUGAAUCUUGGAGUGCCAAAUAUGAGACAGGCGGCACCACAACAGCAGAACCCAGCAGUGCAGAAACAAGCUCUACAACAGCUCUUGCAGACACUAAGAUCACCCACAACACCAGAACAACAACAGCAAAUUCUACAUAUCCUAAAAACCAACCCCCAACUCAUGGCCGCUUUCAUUAAGCAAAGACAGCAACAACAGCAGCAACAACAACAGCAAAACCAGCAGGCAGGUGCUCAGCAAGCACAGCCAACAGGACAGCAACAACAGCAGCAGCAGCAGAUGCAACAGCAUCUACUGCAGCAAAAUAGAAUGCAUAUGCAAAUGUUAAGCCAACAACAACAGCAGCAACAGCAACAGCAGCCAUCUAACCAAGCAGCAGGACAACCACAGCAAAGCUGGUUCAAACAUCAACAGAUGAUGGUCCUCCAACAAAGGCAGCAGCAGCAACAACAACAACAGCAACAAUUUACUCCUGGAUACCAGAGCCAGCAGCAAAGAAUGCCUGGAGUGAGAUCCUACCAGGGAUUUGGUGAAGGUAACCAAUAUCCAGUGAAACCUUCACCGGGUGUUGCUUCUCCACAGGGAAGUGUAAUGGGGCCACCAAUGGUGCAGAGCCAGUCAGGGCAGCCUGGUCCUCAACAACCUCAGAUGAUGAGGUCACCACCUCCGAUAAGAUCACCACAGCCGAAUCCCUCACCAAGGCCGGUGCCUUCGCCGAGAACACAGCCCGUUCCUUCUCCAACAGAUAUGAUGCUUUCCCAGUUGGGACCGAAUAUGCAUCACCAGUCUCCUGCACCUUCGCAGCAGGACCCUAAUGAUCUCACUCCUCAAGACCAGCUGUCAAAGUUUGUUGAACAGUUGUAGUAUAUAUAGUUAUUUAGCGCUUGUACUUAAGGAAAAACUCGUACCGUACCGGUGGUUUAUUUUUUACUAUUUUGUUUAUUUACAUCGAAAUCCUUCUUUGUCUCUUGAAAGCUGGUCCAACUUGUUAAAUAUUUGAAGUGCUGUGCUCGCUCACUCUCUAUUAUAAAGUGCAAAGUGGACUUACAUGUGUACUUUUAUUGAAAAGAAAAAUAAUGUGAAAAAUGUCUUAAAACAUUUCUAACUGAA